AUGGCAGAGGUGGGCUACUACCGCAGGGCGGCAAAGCGCAUGCGCGAACUGCUCGAGCCAGAGUUCGCUGCCCUCGCCUUCAUCGUGGCCAGCGACGACAGUGAAUGGUGUCAAAAUACUCUGCUGCCUGUACUCAACAGGGAUUUCCAGGAGGGGAGCCCACCCAGUAGCGUCUUCCUGACGUCUGACAACAGCAGCAGCUCGCCGGUGCACGACCUGGCCGUGCUGUCGGCUGCCGACCACUCAGUGCUGAGCUACGGCACGUUCGGAACGUGGGCAGCGCUAAUGGCCGGCGGGCGCGCCAUCGUGUUCGACCUGGCUGCCGCCAACCCGCACCUACCACCGGGCACCCGCAACAGCGCCAUGAGCUUCGCGCCCCACCUGCCGUCGUGGGAGCUCCUCACCUGA